CUUUGCCCGUCUGAGAACUUUCUCCGUUUUCCGUCAGAGAAAAGGUUUAGGGCUUAAGAUACUCGGAAUUCUCACCUAAAGCAACGAUUUUUCUCUGCGCCAAAGUUGAAUACUGCGAAGAGGUGAUAAAUCGUUGGACCAUUUUUGCAGCAAAUCUUCGUUAAUAUGUCGACAGUCAUUGGACUCGAGUCUUUUGUCGAUCAAACCAUUUCGGUAAUCACAAAUGAUGGACGCAACAUUGUGGGAGUUCUCAAAGGCUUUGAUCAGGCUACGAAUAUAAUCCUAGAUGAAUCUCAUGAACGUGUCUUUUCCACCAAGGAAGGAGUGCAGCAACUGGUGUUGGGCUUGUACAUCAUCAGAGGCGACAACAUAAGCAUUAUCGGGGAACUGGAUGAAGAGAUCGAUGCAAGUCUGGAUUUCUCGAAAAUAAGAGCUCAUCCGCUGAAGCCUGUUGUCCAUUGAUCGGUAACAAGUUCAUGUAGUUAUGAGAGUAUGCUAUAUUACAUAUGGGAAGGUUGAGUGAACAGAACAGUGUAAACAACUUAGGAGGGAAUUUGUUUCCUUGUUUGAAGUUUCUCUUUUCAUUUCGAUUUUUUUUUCCAAAUAUUUUAGAUAUUCGUGUCCUCUUCUCACUUGCAAUGUCCGAAGAUGUCAUCACAUAUUCUGCAAGUUUGCAUUUGCGUAUC